AUGAGUUUUCCUGGGAUGCCAAGUGGCGCCGGUGGCGGAGUUGGAGGUGCCACCGCUGGUAUGAGUGACCAAGAAGCAGCGAUGGUCAAAGCUAUGCAAGGAGCCAUGGAAAGCUGUCCUUUUAAAACCGUUAUUUCGGGGGGAAUGGGCUUUGCUCUUGGAGGAGCUUUCGGCUUGUUUAUGUCGAGCAUGAGCUACGAUACCCCCUUGAGUGCCUCUGGCCAACAGCUUACCGACCUGCCGUUGCGGGAACAACUGCGAAGGGGCUUCAGAGACAUGGGUUCGCGGUCGUUCGGUUCUGCGAAAAACUUUGGCUUAGUGGGCGCCAUAUUCGCUGGGACCGAGUGCUGCAUUGAAGGCUACCGGGCGAAGAAUGACCUUACAAACGGCAUAACUGCAGGAUGUAUCACGGGAGGUGUUCUCGGUGCAAAAGCGGGCCCCCAGGCCGCUGCUAUAGGGUGCGUUGGCUUCGCAGCGUUCAGUGCUGCCAUAGAUUCAUACAUGCGCAUGGAUUAA